CUUCAGUUCCUCUUAAUGAAGGUUGAGAUACAGGUCGUCUCCGUGUGAAGCUCCUCAUAAAGAGAGCCACCAUGACGUCAGAGCUCCUCAAAAACAUCCUGGAUGAUCUGGAUGAUGGUGAGCUGUCUACAUUCCAGUGGUUCCUGCAGAAGACCAACAAUGUUCGAGGUCUCCCAGCCAUCAAAAAAAGCCAACUACAGACAACAGACAGGUGUAAAACUGUAGAUGUGAUGGUGCAGACUUAUGGAGAUCAGAGAGCUGUGCAGGUGACCAGGGUGGUUUUAGAGAAGAUCCACAGGAAUGAUCUCCUGCGGAGGUUUUCUACCAGCAGCUCAGGACCAGAAGAUCAGACUGUUCCGGUACCAGAACCACGUCCCAUCAGAUAUUACCAACAGAUGCUUCAGUCAAACUUUCAGGACACGUUUAAGGUUACAACAGAGGGAUGGGAUGAAGAUAAGCAGCUUCUGGUUGAUAUCUACACAGAUCUGUACAUCACAGCUGGCCGGGACGUGCACGUCAACACACAGCAUGAGGUCCUACAGAUUGAGAAUGUGUGGAAGCGAUCAGACACAGAGACACCAAUCGAACCCAGAGACAUUUUCAAGCAUCCUUCUGGAAAGGACAUACCCAUCAGAACAGUGCUGACCAAUGGGAUUGCAGGGAUUGGAAAAACAUUCCUCAUUCACAAGUUUGUGUUGGACUGGGCAGAAGAAAGAACUAAUCAAGACGUUCAUCUUAUUUUUCCAUUUACUUUCCGUACCCUGAAUUCACUGCAGGGACAAGAGUUUUGUUUGGCAGAGCUCAUUCAUUUCUGUAUCCCAGAAACUAAAGACGUCACAGUGGAGGUUCUGAAUUACAUCUUUACAGCUCUGCAGUCAUCAGGAAACAGCAGCUACAAGAAGAGCAGAUUCAAACUGCUGUUUGUGUUUGAUGGACUGGACGAGAGUCGCCUUCAUCUGGACUUUCAGGUCGACCAGAUUUGCUCCAUUGACAUAACAAAGUCAACAAAAAUAGAAGUCCUGCUGAGGGAACUGAUCAGUGGAAAACUGUUGCGCUCAGCUCGCAUCUGGAUAACCACACGGCCUGCAGCAGCCAAUCAGAUCCCUCCAAACCUCAUCAACACUACAACAGAGCUCAGAGGGUUCACUGACCCACAGAAGGAGGAGUACUUCAGGAAGAGAUUCAGAGAUGAGGAGCAGUCCAGCAGCAUCAUCUCCCACAUGAAGAAGUCACGAAGCCUCCACAUCAUGUGCCACAUCCCAGUGUUCUGCUGGAUCACUGCUACAGUUCUGGAGGAGCUGCUGAGAAGCAGAGAGGGAGGAGAUCUGCCCAGAACCCUGACUGAGAUGUAUGCAGAGUUUCUGAUCGUUCAGAUUGAUCACACAAAAGAAAAGUACGGUCCUGAGAAGAGUAUUCAGUACAUUAAGUCAUUAGCUAAACUGGCUUUUAAACAGCUGCAAAAGGGCAACUUGAUCUUCUAUGAGAAAGAUCUGAGAGAAAGCAGCAUCAACGUGAGUGAAGCCUCAGUGUACUCAGGAGUGUUCACACAGAUCUUCAAAGCAGAGCGAAGACGGAAAGAGAAAGACAAGAUGUUCAGCUUCGUCCAUCUAAGCGUUCAGGAGUUUCUGGCUGCUCUUCAUGUAAAUCGAACCUUUAUCAAGUCUGGAAUCAACCUGUUGGAUGAAGAACAACAAACAAUAUCCUGUUGGUCUAUACACUUUAGAAUGAAAGAUCAUCCAGCAGUUUUCUACCAGAGAGCUGUGGACGAGGCCUUACAGAGUCCAAAUGGACACCUGGACUUGUUCCUGCGCUUCCUCCUGGGUCUGUCACUGCCGACCAAUCAGGAUAAACUGCAAGAGCUGCUGAAAAAGUCAUACAGCAGCUCACAGACCAAUCAGAAAACAGUGCAGUACAUGAAGAAAAAGAUCGGUGAGGAUGUGUCUGCAGAGAGAAUCAUCAAUCUGUUCCACUGUCUGAAUGAACUGAAGGAUGUUUCUCUAGUGGAGGAGAUCCAACAGUCCCUGAGAUCAGGACGUCUGUCCACAGAUAAACUGUCUCCUGCUCAGUGGUCAGCUCUGGGCUUCAUCUUACUGUCAUCAGAAGAACAUCUGGAUGUGUUUGACCUGAAGAAAUACUCUGCUUCAGAGGAGGUUCUUCUGAGGCUGCUGCCAGUGGUCAAAGCCUCCAAGAAAGUUUUACUGAGUGGCUGUAAUCUGUCAGAGAGAAGCUGUGGAGCUCUGUCCUCAGUCCUCAGCUCCCAGUCCUCCAGUGUGACAGAGCUGGACCUGACUAACAACAACCUGCAGGAUUCAGGAGUGGAGAGUCUUUCUGCUGGACUGGAGAGUCCACACUGUAAACUGAAAGCUCUCAGACUGAGUGGCUGUAAUCUGUCAGAGAGAAGCUGUGGAGCUCUGUCCUCAGUCCUCAGCUCCCAGUCCUCCAGUGUGACAGAGCUGGACCUGAGUAACAACAACCUGCAGGAUUCAGGAGUGGAGAGUCUUUCUGCUGGACUGGAGAGUCCACACUGUAAACUGGAAGCUCUCAGACUGAGUGGCUGUAAUCUGUCAGAGAGAAGCUGUGGAGCUCUGUCCUCAGUCCUCAGCUCCCAGUCCUCCAGUGUGACAGAGCUGGACCUGAGUAACAACAACCUGCAGGAUUCAGGAGUGGAGAGUCUUUCUGCUGGACUGGAGAGUCCACACUGUAAACUGGAAGCUCUCAGACUGAGUGGCUGUAAUCUGUCAGAGAGAAGCUGUGGAGCUCUGUCCUCAGUCCUCAGCUCCCAGUCCUCCAGUGUGACAGAGCUGGACCUGACUAACAAUAACCUGCAGGAUUCAGGAGUGGAGAGUCUUUCUGCUGGACUGGAGAGUCCACACUGUAAACUGGAAGCUCUCAGGCUGUCAGGCUGUCUGGUCACAGAGGAAGGCUGUGCUUCUCUGGCCUCAGCUCUGAGCUUCAACACCUCAAAUCUGAGAGAGCUGGACCUGAGCUACAACCAUCCAGGAGACUCAGGAGAGAAGAUGCUGAGAGCUAAAGUGGAGGAUCCACACUGUAGACUGGAAACUCUCAGGGUGACGCCUGCUGGAGUCCGAUGGUUGACACCAGGUCCAUGGAGGUAUUCCUGUCAACUCACAGUCGACACAAACACAGUACACAGAAACCUCAAACUGUCUGACAACAACAGGAAGGUGACGCGUGUGGAGGAGGAUCAGUUGUAUCCUGAUCAUCCAGACAGGUUUGACCGUUUUCAGCUGCUGUGUCAAAAUGGUCUGACUGGUCGCUGUUACUGGGAGAUCGAAUGGAGAGGAGAUGUUGAAAUAUCAGUGAGUUACAGAGGAAUCAGAAGGAGAGGACACCAUGAUGACUGUGUGUUUGGACGUAAUGAUCAGUCCUGGAGUCUGAUCUGCUCUGAUGAUGGUUACUAUGUCAGACACAAUCACAGUCCAACAUCCAUCAGUUCCUCAGUCUCUCACAGAGUUUCAGUUUAUGUGGACGUUCCUGCUGGAACUCUGUCCUUCUACAGAGUCUCCUCUGACUCUCUGAUCCACCUCCACACCUUCAACACCACAUUCACUCAACCUCUCUAUCCUGGAUUUGGGUUCUGGUUCUCAUUAGAUUCUUCAGUGUUUCUGUGCUGAGUCUCGUCUCCAGAGUCUCCUCCUGGUACAGAAACAGUGUUGAACAGAUGGUUGAGUCUCUCUGUCCCUCACAAACAUGUUUUCACAUUCAUGGAUUAAAUGUGUUUCUUUGUCAAAUCCUUCUAAAUGAUUCCUUGUAAACUUGUUCCUCUUCAAAGAUGAAGUUGUGAUUCUUCCAGGAGCCAAAUGUGGUGUUUGUGUCUUUUUCCAGUCAAAUGUUGAGAGUGAAAAUCAGGAUGUGGUGUUCCUCUGACGCUCACUUGAACUAAAAGCAUUUUUUCUUUAAAUAGUUCAAUGAAUGACAUCUUUUUCUAUUAUUCUCCAUACUGGUGAUCAGUGGCGGCUGGUGAAUUUUUCUCUUGGGGGGGCGCACUUAAUUUACCAAACCAAACAGCAGAGUCGGCAACACUGGAAUACAAGGAUUGAUGUAAAUUAUGCUCACAGCCAUUUGAUGAACUACGAGGGUACAGCUAAGCACUACUGCUGAGUCUAACAGACAAUUAAAUGCACGUAAAUGUUAGCAGCUGGUGAAUGUGAAUUGAUCUCCCCAGUGUUUGAUAUGAUUUGCUCCAGAUAAGGUGUAAUUGGUACACAAACCCUUAAAAUCUCCUUUUCUAUAAUUAAACAAAUUAAGAAUGUAUAAAUAUGCAAAUCUAUUUUUUUAGUUCAAAAGUAAAAAAAAAAGAAACAAUUCAUUUUUCCAGCUUCAAAGAGGCCAAGUGCUUCUUCUGUCAACAACAUAUUUAUAUUUACAUCCUCAAAUAAACAAAAACAAAUCCAUACCAUUGAAACCAACAAACAUUGGACAUUUUGUUAAAAAAAACCUAACCAUAAGGCUUAAAGCAGACAGUGCUUCUGUGAGCUAACCUUUACAUGAACAACCUUACAUGACAAAGAGAAAACAGCAAAUCUGCAGAUUUAAGACCAAAGCAAUAAAAAAAUAGUGAAACCACGAGGCAUUAUACUCUGUAUAACUGUGCAUGUGACAAAUAAAACCUUCUUAUCUUAUCUUAGGCUUUGAGCCCAAAGUGCUUCUGUCAACUAACAUUAAAUAUUUACAAUGAAAAUAAAGAAAAACAGUAAUUCCUCAGAUUUCAGAACAAAUGAAAAUCAACAGGCUUUCAGUCUAAAGUGCCACUUGUGUCAACUAACAUUUCUAUUUACAUUAUUAAAUGACAAAAAAGUACCUGUCUGAAUCCAGGCAUGAUCAUUUCCCGUGGUUUGAAAAAGCAGGCAAGGGAAGCAAAAUAAAACACCUGCCUCACUGCAUCCUGUCAGCCUAUAUGUUCACACGCUCUCUGCUGCCACCCCAUGGCCGGUGGUGUGUAAAGCGAUCAGAGGGAGGCAGGCUGUCUCCCUCUGAUCGCUCUGAUCGCUCAGCGGGGCGCUGUCUGCUGUCUCUUGUAUUGAAGAGGAACGAACUGCGCAUGUCAAAGUUAUAACGAGAGUCAAUGGGGAAAGAUGAGUGCGCCCCAGCCGGAUAUGACGUUUAUAAUCUGACUUUUUAUUACAAAUUAUACAUUUUAGUAAUUCUCUACAGGCUCUAUUAUCCAUUUUGCUUGUUAAAAACAUGGGAUAUACAUGUAAAUUUAUUUAAAAAAUGUUUUAUUAAAGGAAGGGCUGUGACCGACAUGAUGUGAGACAGAGGGGGCGGCGCCCUAGCGCCCGCUAUUGACCAGUCGCCCCUGUUGGUGAUGAUUGUGGGGCUCUUUGUCAGAAUGUUCCACAGAUCAACAAACUAACGGCUGAAGGAUUUUCAGUAAAGCCAGAUAACAGCAGUUUUUCUCUUGUUCUCUGUAGUUUCCAUUCUAUUCUGAUGGACAAACUGGUUCUCCAUGUUUCCAUGUUGUCUUCUAGUGAUGGGAGUUCCGGCUCUGUCGGCUCCAAAGAUUCUCCUCAGAUGUUUCUCGUGAAGCCAAAUGAAGCUUUGUGAAGCACUGAAGCUCGUAUUACUGGAAGCUUUUCAACACAGUCCUCUUUGGUGACAUCUGGUGGCCAAAAGUAUGAAGAGCAGUUUGGCUCUCCAACCUGAAAUGAAGUGCUCCAUUCUGGUUUCCUCUGCAGUGGAGUUGACAGCUUGUGUUUAACAUCAUGUGACAGGUGUGUCUGAUAUCAGGCUGUCGUUGUGCUGCUGUGAACAUGGAUUUUAUGGAUGAAAAAUCAUCUCAUGUUGACCUGAUGAAUAAAUAAUGUUGAUGAAUAAACUUUCCUUGUUUAACACA